AUGUUAAAAGCCUUAACAUGGAACUCAGAUCUUAUCAGGUAUCAGAACAUUCACAAUGGAAAAAAGUUUUGUAAAUGUAAUCAGUGUAGAAAGAUUUUCACACAAAGCUCCUGUCGGGCUGUACAUCAGAGAAUCCACAUUGGAGAGAAAUCUUAUGGUUGUAAUCAGUGUGGAAGGGGUUUCCUAAGCAGGUCCUGUUUUGAUGAACAUCAGAGUAUCCACACUGGAGAGAAACCUUAUGAAUGUAAACACUGUGGAAAGGCUUUCUCAUGGAGAUCUGGUUUUGCUAAACAUCAGAGAAUCCACACUGGAGAGAAACCUUAUGAAUGUAAGCAGUGUGGAAAGGCUUUCACACAGAGAUCUGGUCUUGCUGCACAUCAGAGAAUCCACACUGGAGAGAAACCUUAUGAAUGUAAGCAGUGUGGAAAGGCUUUUACACAGAGUCCUCAUCUUACUAUGCAUCAGAGAAUACACACUGGAGAGAAACCUUAUGAAUGUCAUCAGUGUGGAAAGGCUUUCAAACAUCACUAUACUCUUGGUAAGCAUCAGAGAAUCCACACUGGAGAGAAACCUUAUGAAUGUAAUCAGUGUGGAAAGGCUUUCACACAGAGAUCUGGUCUUGCUAAACAUCAAAUUAUCCACAGUGGAGAGAAAACUUAUGAAUGUAAGCAAUGUGGAAAGGCUUUCACAUGGCGAUCUGGUCUUGUUGAACAUAAGAGAAUCCACACUGGAGAGAAACCUUAUGAAUGUAAUCAGUGUGGAAAGGCUUUCACACAGCAUUCCACUCUUGGUAAACAUAAGAGAGUUCACACUGGAGAGAAACCUUAUGAAUGUAAACAGUGUGGAAAGGCUUUCACACAGAGAUCCCGUCUUGCUGCACAUCAGAGAAUCCACACUGGAGAGAAACCUUAUACAUGUAAGCAGUGUGGAAAGGCUUUCAGACACUACUCUACUCUUGCUAAGCAUCAGAGAAUCCACACUGGAGAGAAACUUUAUGAAUGUAAUCAGUGUGGAAAGGCUUUCAGACACCACUCUACUCUUGCUAAACAUCAGAGAAUCCACACUGGAGAGAAACCUUAUGAAUGUAAUCAGUGUGGAAAGGCUUUCAGACACGACUCUACUCUUGCUGCACAUCAGAGAAUCCACACUGGAGAGAAACUUUAUGAAUGUAAGCAGUGUGGAAAGGCUUUCAGACACUACUCUACUCUUGCUAAACAUCAGAGAAUCCACACUGGAGAGAAACUUUAUGAAUGUAAUCAGUGUGGAAAGGCUUUCACAAGAAGUUCUCAUCUUGCUAGGCAUCAGAGAAUCCACACUGGAGAGAAACUUUAUGAAUAUAAUCAGUGUGGAAAGGCUUUCACACAGAGAUCCAGUUUUGCUGAACAUCAGAGAAUCCACACUGGAGAAAAACCUUAUGAAUGUAAUCAGAGUGGAAAGGCUUUCACACAGAGUUCUCAUCUUGCCAAGCAUGAGAGAAUCCACACUGGAGAGAAACUGUUUGAAUGUAAUCAGUGUGGAAAGGCUUUCACACAGAGUUCUCAUCUUGCUAAGCAUCGGAGAAUCCACACUGGAGAGAAACCUUAUGAAUGUAAGCAGUGUGGAAAGGCUUUCACACAGAGUUCUCAUCUUGCUAUGCAUCAGAGAAUACACACUGGAGAGAAACCUUAUGAAUGUAAGCAGUGUGGAAAGGCUUUCACACGGAGAUCCAGUUUUGCUGAACAUCAGAGAAUCCACAGUGGAGAGAAACCUUAUGAAUGUAAUCAGUGUGGAAAGGCUUUCACAUGGAGAUCUGGUCUUGCUAAACAUCAGAGAAUCCACACUGGAGAGAAACCUUAUGAGUGUUAUCAGUGUGGAAAGGCUUUCACACAUAUUUCUCGCCUUGCUAAGCAUGAGAAAAUCCACACUGGAGAGAAUCUCUAUGAAUGUAAGCAGUGUAGAAAGGCUUUCACACAGAGUUCCAGUCUUUCUGCACAUCAGAGAAUCCACACUGGAGAGAAACCUUUUGAAUGGAAUCAGUGUGGAAAGGCUUUCCUCAGCAGUUCAUAUUUUGCUGUACAUCAGAGGAUCCACACUGGAGAGAAACCUUAUACAUGUAAGCAGUGUGGAAAGGCUUUCACACAGAGUUCCAGUCUUGCUACACAUUAG